UUUGAUGUGUGCAUAACACCAACUUCAUUAGCUGCAUCAUACUUGAUAUUUCAGCAAGCGAACUCUCACUCCCUCUCUUGCAGUUUCGACUAUCGCAGUCACGGAAGGUAGCAAACAUGUGUUUUGGCAGCAAAGACAACGCUGGUGAAGAAGAGGCGCCCCGGCCAGCGCAGCACCGCCAACAACAAUCGCAGAUGCAUCAUCAGCAACCAGCACGCGGCGGCAACUUUGCUCCUCCCCGGGACCCACCGCCGUCUCAGAAACCGCUGAUGGCUGUCGGGCCGGAUGAGAUUGCCCCGCCUCUGGGACCGCCACCGAGCCAUAGGGUCGCGGCGGGUGAUGAUUACGCUCCCCCGCCAGGCCCGCCUCCUUCACAUAAUAGAGCCCCGGCUGCGGACGACUUUGCUCCUCCGCCCGGUCCUCCUCCAUCCCACCAGAGACAAGCGACGCAAGACGAGUAUGCGCCGCCUCCGGGUCCUCCCCCGUCUUCCCGGCCUCACGAUGACCUGAGCUACAUCGCGCCACCGCCCGGCCCACCGCCGGCCGAGAGCAAGGGCACGAAGCCACAGCACGACUGGGAGGCCUUGGUUCCGGACACGUCGUUGUUCCCGCCCCCUCCCAGCUUCUUCUCGGGCUUCGACCGGUCGCCCGCGCACAACGCCACCGAAGCCGAGGCCGAGGCCGGCGAGCGCUGGUGUGCCGAGCACCCCCUGACCGCGCCCAUCGCGCUAGACAGCACCGCCGUCACCGCGCUCCACGCGCACGACCCGCGCCUGAUGCAGCCCCAGGGCUUCCGCGGCACCCUCGUGUGGACGGCGCCGGGAACGUGGAAGGCCAAUACCGAUUCGCGAGCAGCUGAUUCUACGAUGAUCGCCUACCCGCCCCUCUACGCCGUCACGCUGCACUCCCCGCUGGCACCAGCCAACGCCGCCCGCCCAGCAAAGACAAUCUACUACGAGGUGCAGCUCUUGCAGCACGGCAACCCGCGCGCCGCGGGCGACAUCUGCCUGGCGCUGGGCUACACGGCGCUGCCCUACCCGUCCUUCCGCAUGCCGGGCUGGCACCGGGCCUCGCUGGCCGUGCAUGGCGACGACGGGCACCGCUUCAUCAACGACCGGUGGGGCGGCAAGGCCUUCACCACGCCCUUCGCGCGCGGCGAGCGGCUCGGCAUCGGCAUGACCUUCUCCGUGGUCGACAGCCGGAUCGAGACGGACGUCUUCUUCACGCGCCAGGGGCGCGAGGUCGGCCGGUGGAACCUGCACGAGGAGACGGAUGCCGAGCAGGACCUGCCUGUCACGGGGCUCGAGGGCUAUCAUGACCUGAGUUGUGCCAUUGGGACGUCCGGGCAGACCGACUUUGAGGUGCUCUUUGACCCGGCGAGGUGGCUGUUUAGGCCGGUGGGGUAUUGAAAAGGUGAUGGAUUAGCUGGUUUCGUUUUCAUUUGGCAAUGGGGGGUACCUUAGGUAUAGCAGUCAUUUUUUUAGCGAGCUCUGCUUGUAGUUUGCUGUAGCGC